AUGGCAAAAUCUGUCGAUCACCGAUGUCAUGAUUUCGGAGAUAACUCUACGGAAGUAUCGGAAGAUUCGCUUGUUACUGGACACAAUGUUACGUACGGAGAGUGUAGCAUUAUUUCCGUACUUGGCAACACGACUCAAAGUCGACCCUGCAAUUCCGGAUACGUCUACUCAGAACCUUCAAAUCGGUCUGUUGUCUCAGAUAUGAAUCUCGUGUGUGACCGGAAGGCUCUUUCGGGUUUGUCACAGACGGUUUUGAUUGGUGGACAAGCCUUUGGAGCCCUCACGUUACCGCACCUGUCAGAUCGGUAUGGACGAAAACCGAUUCUUAUCCUGUCCACUGUCGCCUUGAUGAUUAUUGGAAUUGGAACGGCUCUGGCACCCAACUACCCGACGUUCGCCGUACUGCGUUUUAUUAUUGGCGCCUUCCAGCAGGGAAUUAUCACCACAGUUAGCACAUUGGGUCUGGAAUGUUUCCCUUCCCAGCAUCGAAAGCUUGUUGGCUUUUUUAUGAAUUUCAUAUGGGCUAUCUGUUCAAUGACGAUACCACUCUGGGCGUACUUUCUACAAAACUACUCCUGGAGGAUUCUACAAACAGCUUACACCUCGGUGUCGUUGUAUUUCAUAAUUCAGAUUUGGAAAGUAGAAGAAUCAAUCCCAUGGUUAGUUGCCAAUGGUAAAACCAAGCGAGUUGUUCAUGUGUUAAAGACAGCAGCCAAAGUUAGUAAAGUCCCCGUUCAUGACGUCAUGGAACAGUUACACUUGCUGGAAGUGGAACAGAAAGUAAAAGACCAAGGUUCGGAAUUGGGGAAGGGUAAUCAAGAAGGUCAUCUAACAGAGAAGGACUCUUUUCUCCUGAAGAAUUCCAUGCCUUCCAAAGAGGAAGACAAAGUCAGCGAUAUCGACACAGAUGAAGAGAUCACAGCCGUCAAGCCAUACACCAUCUUGGAUUUAUUCAAGAACAAACGCUUUCUUAUGAACGCUUCCAUUCUUUGGUUUAUGUGGUUUACAAACGCCAUGACGUAUUUCGGUCUCUUCUUGACGUCAUCAUCCCUAGCUGGCGACCGCUUUCUCAACUUCUUUCUGAACGCAGCCGUCGAGGUCCCUGCUGCUUUCGUUUAUUACUUUAUCGUUGACAGAAUUGGAAGGAAAAAGUCGUGUGUGGUAUUCCAUGGUGUUACUGGCGUUGCGUUGAUAACAGCAACAAUAAUCAAAACAACAGCAGAAGGACUGACUGCAGAUAUAUUCACAACGAUCCUUUCGUUGAUUGGGAAAGCUGGUAUAAGUGGCUCGUUCGGAUUGCUGUUUAUGUACACUUCGGAAUUGUUUCCAACAAAUUUAAGGAACGUUGGUCUUGGGAUGUGUUCAGCAUUUGCUAGGAUUGGUGGAAUGCUAGCUCCUUUUGCUAGUCUGCUGGCUGGAUAUGCGUUUUGGGCACCCGGGACCAUAUUUGGAAUGUGCUGUCUUGCUGUCACCGUGCUGGUAACAUUCCUUCCAGAAACGACGGGAAGAGAACUACCACAGACUAUUGAAGAAAUGACAGCCUGGUAUAAAUCACCUGACGUCAAUUGCAAUAUGACGUCAAAAGAGGAUGGCACAUCUGCUACCGAAAUGGCUGUAGAGAAUGACAAUUGAUUUUCUUGAGACGAGUGUCAGAAAAACUAUCUACACGAGUGGCAGACCCUAUUGUUAUAAAGAGCUGGGUCUGAGAACAUGCACAGGAUUGUCAGCUUGAGAGGAUGCUUCAGAUGGGAUGUAGGAUGAUGCUUUAGAUAGGAGAAUUGAGAUGGCGGAAUUUAGGAGGAUAAUUGCAUCAGGGGCAUUUUAGAUUAUGUUUCGGGGGAAUUUAGAAGGAUUCAUCGGUGCCUCUAUACUGUUCAUAGAGAGAUACUUGUCAACGUUAACAUUAUACUAUUUGAAAUAUUGUAAUUAUUAAAAUAUAUAAAGGGAUGUUCGUAUGUUAAAUUGGCUGUUUAAAAGUAAACUGUGGUUACAUUGAUUUAAAACCUAA